CUUCCGGCCAUGACGAAGAUGCCUUCCCCAGCAGCAAACAUGUCCUCUGCCCGCAAGAGAGACAAGAAAGUCGAGGUGUCCCUCACCAACUGGUUCCUCGGCGGCUCACUCGUCUCCGGCACCUCGACGACCUCCAGCACCCGCUCACCUGUCAGACGCCUUGCCUCCUUGCAGCCGGAUAACGAUUCGGUCCUAGGCAAGUCCUCUAAAGCCGAAAAGACAGAGGAGAAGUCAAAGGGCGAGAAGAAAGAUAAAUCCAAAGGUGGAUACGAGAAAUGCGCUGCGUGUGGCAAGAAGAAAGCUUCCUCCUCAGAUUCCAAGGACUCCAACGCAAAGUCUGAAGACAACAAGUCGAAAGAUGACGCCAAGUCUGACGCAGGUGAGAAUAAGGAGGAAGGAGGCGGUGAGAGCGGAGGAAAGGGAUGGACAUCAGACCAAGAUGAGAAAAUCAAGAGCAUGAAAGGCGAGAACAGGAGCUGGAAGGACAUCGCGCUUGAGGUUGGUGCUAGCAAGAAGGAUGUUCAGAAUCGGUAUAAGGAGCUUAUGAAAUCCUCUUCCGUGUCUGGAGAUGGAGAGAAGAAAGAUGAGAAUACUAGUAAUGCUUGGGAGACAAAAAACGAUGGUAACAAUAAUGGCUGGGAGACCGUGGUCGAGAAUACGGAUGUGGGAAAUGACAAUAUGCCGGACUUUGGUGCGUUGUUUGAGGAUGAGCCCGCCGAUCCUGGAGAGAGGAAGGGAAAGGAGAAGAGUGGCUGGGGCAACAACAACAGCAGUGGUGGUAAUUGGGGUAAUUCUGGAAGCGGAGAGAAGAAUGAUUGGGGAUCCAAUAACAACAACGGCAACAAUUGGGACAAUUCUGGGAGUGGAAGUGGAGAUGGUGAGAAGAAGCAAGAGAGCGGUGGUUGGGACACGAAGAGCAACAAUCAUGGCAACAACAAUUGGGACAACUCUGGAAGUGGCGAUGGAGGCAAGAAGCAAAAGGGCGGAUCCGGAAAGAGCAAGAAUAAGGACAAGCAACAGAACUGCGGCAACAAUAAUGAUGGUGGCGGCAAUUGGGGCAGCAAUGGCGGUAAUAAUAGCAGUCGUGACGGGGGUGGAGGACACAAGAAGAACCAAGAAAGUGGAGGCAGCGGCCACAGUAACCCAUUCGACGAUUCCCACGCCAUUGGUGAGGAAGAGGAAGCCUCGAAGGGGAAAGGUAGAUUGAAGCCAGAUGCUGUGUGGACUCAAGAUGAUUGCGAGGUCCUUGAGUGGUUGGAGAGCAAGUAUGAAGAGAAUAAGUGGCUGCAUAUGCAAGCUGGUUUCUAUAAUUGGACGGGCAGGAUGGUGAUUGCGGAGUUGAUUCAGAAGAAGUUUAGGGAUGAUGGUGCGGCUUGAGCUGGAGGCUUGGCUUUGGACCUUUCUCAAGGCUCUUUAGAUUGGAGAUCUCGUCUUGCCGAGUUUCGUGAAUUACCUGCUGGGUGGGAGUUUCGACUCGGAAGCUGGUUUCGGGACUCGACUUCUUGCCUUUUCCUUUUCCCUCUUUAUUUUCAGCAAGGAAGCACUCGUCGAUGAAAAGAGCUCAUCGCAGGAGAUCAGAAUCCUGGUUCAUAUCGCAAUUUUCACCACCUCGAGUUCUCAUCGAUGAGCAACGCUCAUGAGCACAAAAAUAUAGAAUAAUUCACAAUGGAAGCAGC